AUGUUGAAGUUACCGCGGUGGAACCGAUCGACGGCGGCGGCAACAGAGGAGAUUACGAAAAAUGCGACGGCUAUUAACGACGACGAGGCCACGACGGCGGCGAAGGCGGUGGUAUGCGUUAGCGGCAUGAGUUGCUCUGCAUGUGCUGUUUCUGUUGAGAAUUCCAUCAAACACCUUCCAGGCAUUCUCGAUGCUGCCGUCGACUUCUUGAACGAUAGGGCUCAAAUCCUCUAUCUUCCCAAUCUCACCGACGUAGAGACAAUACUUCAAGCAAUUGAAAAUGCUGGAUUUCAAGCUACAAUAUCAAAGGACGGGACUGAUCAUCGAUCGAGAGAAGUAUGUCGAAUCCGAGUAAAUGGAAUGGGCUGCAAUUCUUGCUCUUCCAUGGUAGAAUCAGUUUUGGAAGCAAUGUAUGGAGUACAAAAGGCUCACAUUGCUUUGUUGAAUGAGGAAGCAGAAGUUCAUUAUGAUCCAAAGGUUGUUAAUUGCAAUCAGUUCAUUAUAGCCAUACAAGACAUUGGAUUUGAAGCAUUACCUAUCACCAUUGGGGAACACGUUACCAAGAUUGACCUUAAGAUUGAUGGUAUGCACAAUGAAAACUCAACAACAAAAGUUAAAGAGUCCCUCGAAUUGGUCCUGGGAAUUGACGAUGUCAAUAUCGAUACGACAUUAAGCAAAGUUACUAUAUCAUAUAGGCCUGAUAUAAUAGGACCUAGAACUUUCAUUGAAAUACUUGAGUCUAUCAAAUCUGAGCAUUUCAAAGUGACGAUAUAUCCCGAAGAUACGGAACGAGAAACUCGUAAGCAGAAAGAAAUUAAACAACAUUAUAAAUACCUUAUAUGGAGCUCUGCUCUUUCUAUACCUGUUUUCUUAACUUCUAUGGUUUUCAUGUAUAUACCUGGAAUCAAACAGACUUUAGAUAUCAAAGUUGUCAAUAUGAUGAACGUCGGACAUAUUAUCAGAUGGAAUUUAUCAACUCCGGUGCAGUUCGUCGUAGGUUCGAGAUUCUACUUUGGAUCGUACAAAGCAUUGCGUCGAGGUUCUGCCAACAUGGAUGUAUUGGUUACUUUAGGAACAAAUGCAGCUUAUUUCUAUUCUGUUUAUAUAGUGUUAAGAGCAGCUACGUCUCCUACUUUCAAUGGUACUGAUUUCUUUGAAACCAGUUCAAUGUUAAUUACAUUCAUUCUACUUGGUAAGUAUUUGGAGGUUUUAGCAAAAGGAAAGACCUCUGAUGCUAUUGCCAAGCUUAAACACUUGGCUCCCGAGACGGCAACACUCUUGACUUUAGAUCUUCAUGGAAAUGUGAUCAAUGAAGCGGAAAUCAGUAGUGAGUUGAUCCAAAAGAAUGAUGUUAUUAAGAUUACACCAGGUGCUAGAGUAGCUUCUGAUGGUCUUGUCGUAUGGGGAGAAAGCCAUGUUAACGAGAGUAUGAUCACAGGAGAAGCGAAACCAGUAACGAAAAGGACGGGGGAUAAGGUGAUAGGAGGAACUGUGAAUGAAAAUGGGGUAUUGCAUAUAAAGGCAACUCAUGUUGGAUCAGAGAGUUCUUUAUCGCAAAUCGUUCGACUCGUCGAAUCAUCUCAAUUGGCAAAAGCUCCUAUUCAAAAAUUUGCUGACCAUAUCUCUAAAUAUUUUGUGCCUUUGGUAAUUUUACUUUCUUUUCUCACCUGGAUUGCUUGGUUUUUGGCUGGAAAGUUGCAUCUCUAUCCUAAAUCAUGGUUGCCUUCUUCAAUGGACAGUUUCGAGUUGGCUCUCCAAUUUGGGAUUUCUGUUAUGGUCAUAGCUUGCCCUUGUGCUCUCGGCCUUGCCACCCCGACUGCCAUGAUGGUCGGUACCGGCGUAGGUGCAUCUCAAGGUGUACUAAUAAAAGGAGGUCGAGCAUUAGAAUUUGCUCAUAAGGUGAGUUGCAUUGUGUUUGAUAAGACAGGAACUCUAACAAUUGGAAAGCCAGUGGUUGUAAAUGUAAAACUUAUGAACACUACAGUACUUGAAGAACUACUUGAACUCACUGCAGCAACCGAGGUUAACAGUGAGCACCCAGUAGCCAAGGCCAUUGUUGAAUAUGCCAAACAAUUCAAGAAAGAACAAAAUCCCCUUUGGCCAGAAGCUCAAGAAUUCAUAUCCAUUCCUGGCCAUGGAGUAGAAGCCAUAGUAAAAAACAAGAAAAUAAUAGUUGGAAACAAGAGCUUGAUGAUGAACAAUGACAUCGAAAUCCCAAGGGAAGUGGAAAUGUUCCUUGUAGAUGCCGAAGGUAUGGCGCAAACUGCGGUCUUAGUGGCGAUAGAUCGAAUGGUGUCAGGAGUUGUCACAGUGUCGGAUCCGUUGAAACCGGGUACCAAAGAAGUUAUCUCCAUUCUCAAGGCUAUGGAAGUGAAGAGCAUCAUGAUAACAGGUGACAACUGGGGCACUGCAAAUUCCAUUGCUAAAGAAGUUGGAAUUGAAACAAUCAUUGCUGAGGCUAAGCCUCAACAAAAAGCAGAAGAAGUGAAGAAUCUUCAGACGGCGGGACACACAGUGGCAAUGGUCGGAGACGGGAUCAACGAUUCACCUGCUCUAGUAGCAGCAGAUGUCGGGAUGGCAAUCGGAGCCGGCACUGACAUUGCAAUUGAGGCAGCAGACAUUGUUCUAAUGAAAAAUGACUUGCAAGAUGUUAUAACUGCCAUUCAUCUUUCAAGAAAAACCUUUGCUAAAAUUCGUUUGAAUUACAUUUGGGCUUUAGGUUAUAAUCUUCUUGCCAUACCGAUCGCAGCAGGCGUCUUGUUCCCUUCGACUCGGUUUCGGCUACCACCGUGGAUCGCUGGAGCUGCCAUGGCAGCUUCUUCUGUUAGUGUGGUAUGCAGUUCUUUGAUGUUGAAGAAGUACAAAAGACCCAAGAAGCUUGAUGAAAUUGAGAUUCAAAUGAAUGGAAUAGUGGUUGAAUGA